ACAGCUGCGCCAAUCACUGUUCAGCCAAGGGAUGGGGGCGUGGACAAGCCGGGAAAGUUACAACACGCUAGAUAAUGCAGGUCAAGAAGCCCCCGGCACAGCCAGGUGGAAAAGACAGAUCCCAACUCCUCCGGGGCCAUUCGAGGUUCCGGGCAUCGGGUACCAGGAUCAAAGAGACGGACUGAAACCUAGCUGACCUGCCAGACCAUGGCAUCCGGGGGACUCCUUGUGGCUGGCGCCUCUUUCGCGGCGUUUCGGGGACUGCAUUGGGGGCUGCAGCUGAUGCCCACCCCGGAAUCGAUUCGGGAACGCUGGAUGUGGCGGAACAUUUUCGUUUCGCUGAUGCACAGCCUACUCUCUGGAACAGGAGCACUGGUCGGGCUGUGGCUGUUUCCUCAGAUGGUCACGGACCCGAUUUAUGAUCACCCAUCGUGGGCACGGGUCCUAGUAGCAGUGUCAGUGGGUUAUUUCGUGGCAGAUGGAGUUGACAUGCUGUGGAAUCAGACGUUGGCCCAGACCUGGGACCUUCUCUGUCACCACUUAGUGGUAGUGAGCUGCCUCAGCACCGCCGUUGUGUCUGGCCACUUUGUGGGCUUCUCUAUGGUAUCUCUACUUCUGGAGCUGAACUCCAUCUGUCUGCAUCUACGGAAGCUGCUGCUGCUCUCCCAUAAGGCCUCAUCCUUGGCCUUCAGAGUAAGCAGUUGGGCCACCCUGACCACCCUGGUCCUCUUUCGCCUUCUACCUCUGGGAUGGAUGAGUCUGUGGUUGUUUCGGCAGCACUACCAGGUGUCUCUUGCUCUGGUCAUCCUUUGUGGAACUGGGCUGGUCACGGUGGGUAGCAUAAGCAUCUCACUGGGAGUUCGAAUUCUGAUCAAGGAUGUCUUGCAGCCUCGGCCCUACCCAUUUAUUCUUGUGCACAAGGAGACUCAGCAAACCAAGACAUGUGAGCCUGUCACCAGGAACAAUUCCACUCUCAGUCUGAAAGGCAUGGAGGUUUUCUCUUCUGUCAGCCCACAGGAAGGUGGGGCUGGGAAGAGGAGGUGGUAACCCACUGCAUAGUUUACUGUGUAGCAAGGGCUAAACUGUAUCAUCAGUGUCUCAGGACCUUUUUCAGGUAACUCAUUUCUCUCCCCUUCCCAAGAUCCAAGAAGAAAUUUGGCGGUUAGUAGCUAUGUGCAAACCUAGGCUACUGCUCACUGAAUUCCUUUGCUCCUGCAUAAGGACAAACACCGGGAGAAGAGGUCCUUCUAGAAUCAGAGAGGCCUGGCAUGGAGGGGGCCAGAGCCAGAAGCAGAGAAACUUCAUUUAUUCUGGAAAUGAGAUAAGAACACAAGAAACAUUAUCUGUUGCCAGGAGGGAGGGACAUGGCAGUACCAGUGACAGACAGAAGCCAGGCCACAGCAGUUGCUACUGAU